AUGAAGUUUCUUACUACUGUCAUUGGCCUCGCCUCUGCUGCGAAUGCCCAUACCCUCUUCACUACUCUCUUCAUUGACGGCGAGAACCAGGGCGAUGGUACCUGCGUUCGCCAGCCUAAGGAUGCUUCCACCGCCAACAGCCCUAUCUAUCCCAUUGAUGGAGCUGCCAUGGCUUGUGGUAGGGAUGGUGGCAAGGCUGUUCAGUACAUCUGCCCUGCCCCAGGUGGUGCUCAACUAACCUUCCAAUUCCGUGAAUCUCCCAGCGGCCACAAGAAGGGUGCCAUUGCCGAAGGCCACCGAGGUCCUUGCUCCGUCUACAUGAAGAAGGUCGAUGAUAUGUUUUCCGACUCUGCUGCUGGCGACGGAUGGUUCAAGGUUUUCGAAGAUGGCUACAACGUCAAGGAGGAUAAGUGGUGUGUUGACCGUCUCAUCGAAAACAAUGGACUUCUGUCUGUCAACCUUCCUACCGGCCUUCCUUCUGGAUACUACUUGGUCCGUCCUGAGAUCCUCGCCCUGCACAGUGCUCCCGACGGUGACCCUCAGUUCUACCAGAGCUGUGCUCAGAUCUUCAUUGAGAACGGUCCUGAAGGUCCUCUUGAGAUUCCCGAAAAGUACGAAGCCAGUAUCCCUGGCUAUGUCACCAAGAAAGACCCCGCCGUAACCUUCAACAUCUACGAUGAGCAUGGCGAAUACCCUAUUCACGGACCCGAUGUCUGGAAUCCCACUUCCAAGGAGACUGGCACUAAGAAGACCCAGAAGGACGGUCUUGUUCCCAAGAGCUGCUUGGCCAAGAAUGCCAACUGGUGCGGCAAGCCCCUUGCUAAAUACUCCGACCAGGACGGCUGCUGGGCUGCGGCAAAGAAGUGCUGGGACGAAGUUGGUGACUGCUGGGACAAUGCUCCUCCCACCGGCGGCUACGGUUGCGAUACCUGGAACGACUACUGUCAGGAAAUCAACGAUGCUUGCAAGGCGAAGGACUUUGAUGGGCCUCCCGCCUUCAGCGGCAAGGAACACUAUGUUGGCGCACCCGGUCCUAUCCCUGCUUCCUACGGGAAAUUCAAGGCCAUUGCCAUUGGCGUGACAAAGGAGGUUAAAAACGCCAAUUCGGACACCAAGCCUGUUGAAAACGACUACAAAGCCCCCAGCUACGAUGUGCCCAGCGUCGACGUCCCCAGCAAGACCACCAAGGCUGUCAAGGCACCAGCUGCUACAACCAAGGCCUCGAUUCCUGCUUCCAAGACUCAAUCCACCCAAGAGACCGCGACCCGUAAGUGGGACAAGUACGAGAAGAACACCAAGUUCAGCGAUACUCCUGUCAUCGCUGCUCCUCUGCCCGUUGAGACCUUCCCCAUAAAGGUAUCUGAAGACGGUCUCUGCGGUGGCGAGACUGGCCAGACCUGCGAGGGUAGCAGAUUUGGUGAUUGCUGCUCUCGAGGGGGCAAGUGUGGCCGCAAGGCCAAGCACUGUGAGUGCGGUUGCCAGAAGGUCUUUGGUAUUUGCAGCCAGAAGUAA